UUUAAUUUUUUGAAGUGCACCGUCAGAGCAUAAAGAAAACCGAAGGGAUCACACGUCUACAUACACGUCUACUUAAUUCAAUCAAAAGUAUCGUAUUAAUUGCAUUAUUCGGGUGGAUUAGCGGGUCAUCUCCUAGGCGACCGAAGACAAUAGAAUUAAUUCGAAAUUGGAUCAUUAUGUCUUUGUUAUUAAAUUAUUAAGUAUGUAACAGGUGAAAAUAUAAUCCCACUAAAGUAAAGAAAAACAAACCAACAUUACCGAUGAUGUUGUCUGAUUAGGAUAUUGCAAUCUACAGUUGGGAUAGUAAAGAAUUAGGAAAAUAUCAAAAUGGAAUCCAUAGAUGCAAGGAGAAAUCGCUUAUAUGGUCCAGAAAGGAAUUUACGAGUGGAAGAAAUCAGGCGAAAUUUAUCUAAAAGUUGUGUUUUGAAGGAGGGAGAAUAUAAUUUUACACCAAAAGGACUGUCAAAAAGUGUAUUCGGUACCAGUUAUGAAACAGAUUUUCCUUGGAAACGAACUGAUGAGAAUGUCAGGGGACAGUCUUUGGACCCAAGUUCAUUCCCAGAAACAAAAGAACAGCUUUCUCACCAUUUUGAAAUUGGAAACGACAGUGGAAAAGACGUUCCAAAAGAAACAUACAGAGACAGUACGACUAAAGCUGAUUUCCUGACUAAACCACCAAGUAAGCCUGAGAUGAUACUGGAUAGUAAGAUAAUAAAUUGGCCUGAUAUGGCUCCAAGAUAUAUGACCUCUAGAAAGAUUGGAACUUCUGAGUACUCAAAUGCUUAUAUCCCAGAGUUUUUUAGGACUAAUUCCUUGCCACCAAACCAUCCUAGACUAAAUACUUCCAUUAUGAAACUACCACUUUCAGCCAAAUUUGUUCACCCACAACGAGGAACUAGUAUAGCAUUUGGAAGUGACGAGCCAGAAGUAUUUAGCGAAUUUCAAAGAGCUUAUGGUGUUGGUGAUGAACCUACAAGUAAAAUGGAAGGAUUAAACGAUGGGAAAAACUCCGUUAUCACUAACAUGAAGCUGAUGGAGAAAGAAUCACAUGUAUUCAGAACAGGAGAUUAUGACAAUAUAGUUGGCAAAAUGAAAUCAACUGUUAACGACGAUUACGGACCAAGAACUCUUCCACCCGGAGAAGCAGCAAUUCGAAAAGCAAAACUUUCAGAAAUUAACGAGGACCCGGAAAAGAAUGAGACAGAGGAGGACAGUAACCAGUUAGCAGAAUAUGCCAGACAAGUUAUUGUUCCUAAUGUUUUCAAAGAUGCGGGCGAAGGUAAAACAUACCAAACAUCAGCCCACUUCCAUUUUGGAAGUGAUCCUGAUACAUCACAUUCUAUAUACAACAAGGACUUUAUCUCCAGAUCAGUGACAACACGUGGUCCUCCGAGUAAAAUGAUAACAGCUGAUGCUGGCAGCUUAUUCCACAAUGACCCUUCAUACUUAAGAGAACCAGCUACAUCAAACAAAACAGAUUUUAGUUACACUCCUGCUAUGCCGUGGAAGAACUCCAAAGGACAAACUGCAAUGGAAAUGAACUUAGAAAAACGUGAUACAGACAACGUUAUAAUGAGCUUCGACCCAAAUCGUCAUACAUUUGACAGACAGAUCUCUUUGGCCCAUGCAGAUUACAAAGGUCCGCCCAAGGGAUACAAACCGAUGGAAGCAAUGAAAAAGCCACGAGUAGUUUUUGACUACUUAACACCUAAUGAUGCUUUACCUUAUCCUGGACUUGUGAACAGAACGUCAGAAGCUAAGACAAACUUUAGUGGUAGUCUGAUGGCUGGGCAACAUGCUGUUGGUAGACGCAGGCAACAGGAAAAUGUAUGCAAACAAAGAUUGAAUGAAGGAAAAGAAACUCACUUCACUAUUGGCUACCAGCCAUUUGACUUCGCCUCCGAAUCACAACUUCAAUAUCAAGGAGACCAGAAAAAUGAUAGUCACAUUCCACCCGCUGGAAAGACUGAGAAAAAACAAGAAGGAAAACCUUUCUUGCAUUUCUUUGUCAGCCAAAACACUCAAGAUUUGAAAGCAAAUGAUCCAUAUACAGUAAAUACUAAUGAAAGUUUAAGAGCACGCGAUAACCACUGUCGUCUGCCAGUGGAACAUGCUAUGAGGAACUCUGUAAUGAAGUCAGAUUUUACACCCCUUGAAGCAAGAACUGUUUCAAAUAUAGAACUACGGACUAUGAUAGACUGCGAUAAAAAAUUUGAGAAACCAAUAUCUUCAAGUCAUUUGUUCCACACAGACAAUUCUGGACGAAAUAAUUUUGCGACUACUGCCAUGGCUGACUUCAUUAAACCAGAAUCCAUGACAGAAUCUAGAAGAAUUGCAGGUCAAAAGUUCCUGGCAGCUCGUUAAAUUGUACAGUAGCCAAUUUGAGAAACAUUUAUUGAUAGUGUGGACAGUAUAAAAGGUGCUAGACUACUAGAAAAUAAAAACAUGUCUACUAGCUAAGACAUUUUACAGUGAUUGUUUGUGUUAUAUGAAAAACUUGAUUCUGUUACAGUUUAAAGCAAUAAAUUGUGUAAAUUUCAUUUUA